AUGUUCAUUCUGAAUCAAGCUCAACGUUUCGUCUUCUAUUCGCUCCUCGACGUGCUACUUCUCUGCUCGAUCAUCACCUUUGGCAGUUCUCUCUAUUUUGUUCUCUUUGUCAAGACAUCAAUCAAUAAAAACUUUCAAAUGAUUCUCGUUGCGCAAAUGACAUUCGCGUUGUGCGGUGAUAUCUGGACGGCUCUCAAUCGCCCAGUUUUCUUACCAACCCUCUUCGCCGUCACCUACGCGCCCGUGCUCCUUUCCGUGCAAUCGAAGCUGAUGGCUCUUUUUUUAACGGUGAAAAGCACUUUUGUUACGGCAAUAUUUUGGAGAAGAAUUACACGAUCACCAAAUAAAGACAUU